AUGGGGGCCCCCGCCUUUGUCAUCGGCUAUGUGGUCCAUCCAUCGCUGUGCCGGUUUUGCGCGUCUUGGCUCAGAGACAAUCACGAUCCAAUCACGAACUACCUGCACCAGCGCACCGUGCGCCGGAGUGCACAUCCGAUUCCGAACAUGCUUCUCUACUGGCUCAACUGGCUCGUCUUGCUGCCGCCUUCAUCUGCAUUGCUGCGACGGCAUAGCGUUUCAGAGGCAGCGGUGUUGUCGGACCCCUCUCUGGAGACCUGCUCUCCACUGGUGAAUCACGAGAGCUUCUCGUCGGUAGAAGUGCGGCUAGGGACACCCGCCCAGAAGUUGAACUUGGUGGCAGACACCGGGAGCAACAAUGUAAUCGUCAUGUCCUGUGCCUGCCUUCUGACGAAGAGCUGCCCCAAGUCGUUUGGCACUUGCUUUCGAGGCGAGAACGUCUCAAGCACCUUCGUGCUGCGGAAUGCCUCUGCCUCUGUCCUGGGCAGCGCCUCCCCGCGGGAGAGCUGGGGCGGAGGCUCGGCGCCCGAGUCGCUGCUCAUCGAGUUCGGCUCGGGUCGGAUCGGUGCCUUCGUUGCUAGCGACGUGGUCCAUGUGGGCUCCGUCCGAACUUUCUUGGAGGACUCCCUGCUGCUUAUGGUGAAGCAGAAGCUCAGCGUGCCUGGCCCCUUCGAAGGCAUCCUUGGACUUGGGCAGCCACCGCAGGGCGAGGCGGCCGCCAAGAAGCAGGUAGUAUCUGGCUUCUUGGAGCAGGCAAACAUCCAGCGAUUCUCGAUGUGCUUCAACUAUGAGGCAUCAGCUCCGAGUGGAGAUGCUGCCACCUGGCUGCUGGUCAUGCCAGUGAUUGUGCCUGUCCUUUAUGGCUACUCCAUGAUUGUGGGUGACUUGCCGUACAUAUGGGCAGUGCUCUGGGUCAUUCACACAUGUUUGUUCUUCGUGCUCGCGGUGGUCGGCAGCUGGCUAUACCGGUCAAAUUCGUUGCGGUCCUUCGGUUACUUCAUAGAGGCCCCAUGCCACAGCAACGACCUCUUGAUAAUGCUGUCCUGGCUCCCCCUGGUCACGGCGGGUGCGCCGUGCUUAAUUUGGGGCAGUUUCCAGGACAUUUGCGAUACUUCGCUAUUAUUGGUUUUAGGGUUUCUGUUCGUUUACAUGCCUCUGCUGGAUGAGCCCCGAGUACUUCCUGUCCUGUGGGUCUGCUACAGUGGUGCAGCUGGAGCAAGAUGCGCUGAUCUCCGUCUCCGCACUUCCAGUGCUUCCGGCGUCGAGGUUUCCAGCUUCGCUGUGCGUGUGCUUUCGGGAGAAGCGGCAGUUCAUGCUGCACUCAGGGCACGGAUGCUGUACCUCAACCGGACACGCACGCCUCUGACAGCAUCGCUUCUGGAAGAGAGGGCCCAGCUCCAGGUGCAGCGGCCAAAGGGUGUCGAGUACUGGCCCGACCGAACAGACGGAGAUGCAGCCAGGAUUGUUCGACAGGUUCGAGCUCGCCGGAGGCAGCGCAGGGAAGAAUUGACAGGUACCUUCGUCUGGGCAAUCUUUUUCUCACAGAGCCUAAGCCCCGACUUGCUUCUGCACAUUCUUUCCUUCCUCCAAAACGUUCCAUUACGGCAGUAUGCAGUAUCUCAGUCUUCGACGUCUCUGAUUCCGACGAGAUCGAACAUGGGGCCGUCUGAGUCUUCCUCUAUGUCUUCAUUAACACUCCUGCGCAGACGUUUUCAAGCAAAGCUGCGCAGCCGUCUGCACCCAAAGCCUGCCCCUGGCCCACAGGAACAAGAGAGCCACACCCAAGAGGGUAGAUGUUGUCCGACAUUCCAGGUGCUUGGUAUCAUUCUCAGCCUUGCUUGGAUCUUGUUGAUACCACCAAUGAUUCUCAUGCAGCAGGGUUACUCUGAAGAGGCUCUUGUUCUGGAAGUGUAG